CAAUCACAAAAAUGACCUCCACUGCAGUCACCCCAACCCCCACCCCAUCCUGGACAGGGUCCCUCCCCUCAGCCUUCGAAGUCCACAACCCGGACUUCCUCAACCUCACCGGCCACCACCCCACCCUGUCCAUCCUCACCACAAACCACAACACCACCACCGCCUUUGCCCACGAAGCCCCCAUCUACAUCUCCAAAACCCGAACCCUAUACAUGACAAGCAACAUCCUCACCGACCCAGCCACCAACACCAGCACAAUCCAAAUCUCCAAGCUCGCCCUCGAUGACCCUGCACCCCUCACCGCCCAACUCAUCACCCCCUCCCCAGCUAUCCCCAACCCCAACGGCGGAACCGCUUUCAACGAGAACGCAAUCCUCUUCUGCGGCCAGGGAGACGCGACCCACCCGGCAGGCCUCUAUACCCUCUCCCUCGACAACGAAAACUACACCAGCAGCUCCCUCCUCACCACUUUUUAUUCAAGGGAGUACAACUCCCCCAACGAUGUAGCCAUCCACCCCGCCGACGGGAGCAUCUGGUUCACCGACCCGGAUUACGCCUACAUCCAGGGUCUGCAUCCCAACCAGCCCCAGCUCCCGAACCAGGUAUACCGGUACAACCCUGCCACGCACGCGGUCCGCGUCGUCGCGGAUGGGUUCGACAAACCCAACGGGAUUAGCUUUGCCCCGGGCGGGAGGACGGUGUAUGUGACUGAUACGGGGUCGGCGCUGGGGAACGGGACGGUGGAUUUGACGCGGGCGGCGACGAUAUACGCAUUCGACGUCACCACGAUCCACGGGGAGCCGUUCCUGACGAAUCGGCGGGUGUUUGCGAUGGCGGAUGAGGGCGUGCCGGAUGGGAUCAAGGUGGAUCAGCGGGGCAAUGUGUAUGCCGGGUGUGGGGAUGGGGUCAAUGUUUGGUCGGCGGGCGGGGUGUUGUUGGGGAAGAUUCGCGUGGAGGGUGGGGUGGCCAAUUUUGUGUUUGGGGAGGCCGGGGAGAUGUUUUUGAUGGGGGAGACGAGGGUUUGGGGGGUUAGGUUGGAUGGGGGGGUUAAGGGGGCUUAG